GGGCAGCCCGGCCGCCGCGGGGCCGCCAUGCCCGCCAAGUCCAAGUACAACCUGGUGGAUGACCGGCACGACCUCCGCAUCCCCCUGCACAACGAGGACGCCUUCCAGCACGGCAUCUGCUUCGAGGCCAAGUACAUCGGGAGCCUGGAUGUGCCACGGCCAAACAGCCGGGUGGAGAUCGUGACGGCCAUGCGGCGGAUCAGGUAUGAGUUUAAAGCCAAGAAUAUCAAGAAGAAGAAAGUGAGUCUCAUCGUGUCAGUGGAUGGUGUGAAGGUCAUUCUGAAGAAGAAGAAGAAGCUUCUUUCGUUGCAGAAAAAAGAAUGGGCCUGGGACGAGAACAAAAUGCUCAUCAUGCAUGAUCCCAUCUACAGGAUAUUCUACGUGUCCCACGACUCCCAGGACUUAAAGAUCUUCAGCUACAUUGCCAGGGAUGGGUCUAGCAAUGUCUUCAGGUGCAAUGUCUUCAAAUCCAAGAAGAAGAGCCAAGCCAUGCGCAUCGUCCGGACGGUGGGGCAGGCAUUCGAGGUUUGCCACAAGCUGAGCCUGCAACACACUCAGCAAAAUGCGGACGGGCAGGAGGACGGAGACAGUGAGAGGAACGGGGACGAUCUGGAUGUCCCAGCCUGCCGCCUCGCUGGUGCGGAGAGGGUGGCCGCGUCCGCAGAGGAGACGGACAUCGACGCUGUGGAGCUGCCGCUGCCCGGAGCUGACAUCCUCGACUUCAGCCGCGGGGUGACCGACCUCGAUGCUGUGGGCAAGGAGGCGAGUGCCGACACCAAGGUACUUUUUCAGCACCCCCAACAAAAUAUCCUGACGGCGUCGCCCAAGAUGCUGCUGCCCUCGUCUGCCCAGCUGCCGGACCUGGGAACACCCCUCUCUGCCCACCACCAAAUGCAGCUUCUGCAGCAGCUCCUGCAGCAGCAGCAGCAGCAGACACAAGUGGCCGUGGCACAGGUCCACUUGCUGAAGGACCAGCUGGCCGCGGAGGCGGCGGCACGGCUGGAGGCCCAGGCUCGCGUGCACCAGCUCCUGCUCCAGAACAAGGACUUGCUGCAGCACAUCUCGCUCCUGGUCAAACAGGUGCAGGAGCUGGAGCUGAAGCUGGCGGGGAACACCACCACAGGCUCCCAGGACAGUCUGCUGGAGAUCACCUUUCGCUCCAACGUCCUCCCCGUCCUCUGCGACCCGACCACUCCACAGCCUGAGGACACCCACCCGCCGCCACUGGGCCCCAGCUCGGGCUUCCCCAGCGCCCUGGGCAGCCCCAUAGGUAGGAACGACUGUCUGGUGAAGCUAGAGUGCUACCGCUUUCUGCCGGGCUCGGGGCCGCCCGCCCCAGAGCCGCCGCUGGGCAGCCUGGAGCUCAUCAAGUUCCGCGAGUCAGGCAUCGCCUCCGAGUACGAGUCCAACACGGACGAGAGCGAGGAGCGCGACUCCUGGUCCCAGGAGGAACCACCGCGCCUGCUCCAUGUCCAGCCCAGGCAGGACCUGGGCGACAGCCUGGAGGACGAGAUCGCAGUGUAGGGGUUGGCAGGAGGUGGUGCGGAGCAGCCGGGACCUGCUGGAGCUGGGGCGGGCCCUGGCCAUAGCCCCCUGGCCCUGGCAGGGAUGGGACAGCCCAGAGAGAGAGGGGACAGAGGAGGGAGCACAAGGCGUCCAGCACACGGCCGGGAGGUGUGCGGAGGUGAGGACGGAGCUGUGCCGAGGGGGUGUGCUGGCCAUGCUGUGCUCCAGUGUGCGUGGGCUUGUGUGCUGAGCUGGAGCGUCCCCGCUUCGCAUCGGAUGGUGAGCUGACAGCUGCUUGUGCUACCCGCUGGUCCCCGUCCCCAUGCAAGCCAUGUUUUGAGGUCAGGCAGAGGCGAGGGACUCCCUGCUGGAUUAGCCACUGCUGCUGGUGCUGCUGCAGGGGGGAGCGCUAAAGCGGAUGAAGGUUUUUGCUGGGGGAAUGAGAGAGCAGGCAUGGGGCAGUGAGCGGGGACAAGAGCAACCAAGGAGCUAGCGCAGGGCGGUGAGCAGGGACAGAGCCGCUGGCAGAGGAUCUGGCUCUCUUGUGUGGUAGAGAGGGAGGGAGACAAGGUCUGGGCCGUGCUAGCGGGUUGGUUAGGGUUGGCGACGGUGCACUGUAGGCGUGGGUGCGUGAGUGAGAGGUGAGACAGCGAAGGACAGUGGGGACGAGCCUGGGAAGGAGCUGAAGGGGUGAGAUGAGGCCGUGCAGGGUGGCUGGGAGCAGGUAGCUCCUGGUAGAGUGCUGGUGCUUGUGGCACUUCCAGGGCAGGGUUUGUCCCUGCCUGAGGCAGGUGGAGGGUGUGCGGUCACUGCCCGCUCCUCUCCCAGGCUGUGGAGUGGAGAGGAAGGCACAGCUCGGCGAGGAGCAGGGAGCCAGGGCACGCAGCACGGGGCUGUGGGGUGUCCUUCCCUCAUUGCCCAGUCCUUGGGCUCCUCGGCAUGGCUGCCAGGUUUCAAAGCCUUUCUGGUGCUCUCAAGUCACGUUUUCAAGCACUUCCCUGCACCCACCAUCACCACAAACUCUCUGCUUUGUUUUAUAGACAAACCCUCCCAUUUCUAAGCAGGCGCUUGCCCCUGGGCCAGGGCUGGGGGGUGCAGUGCUGGCAUUGGCCCUGUACAGGGAUGGGCACGCUUGCUGCCCCUCAAUGGGGAGCGAACUGCUGGUGUCUGCAGGUGGGCUCCUUCACACCUCUGGUUUGCACCCUCCGGAAAAGUGAAUCCAAAAUCUCAGGAUCUCCCACCAGACCCAUCUCGGGGUCUGGCAUGGCUGAGGCAUCUGUGGGAGCCUCCAAGGGAUCCAAAGCUUGUCUCUUUUCUGCAAGCACAUUUAUCAGCUGCCUGUUGCUGCAGCCUCCAAGAGACCACAGCUGAAGGGGUAUGAGCCAGAGUCCUGAUGUCCCCCCUGUUCCUUGUGGAAACACUUGAUGAGAUGAGGAUUGGCACAGUUGUCUUCCUCCCCAUCCACCCUCCUAUCCUGCUUCUGCUUCUGCUUCGCUUUGUUGCUUUCCUCUGCUCUUGCCUUCACCAGCUCUGUCUCUGCUAGAUCUGCCUGCACCUAACCCCUAGCUGAGCAUGUCCCAGGCACAAGCUCUUGCUCUCCCCCAGGGCUUAGCCCGGCUGCUGAGGAAGAUCCAUCGCUUCUUUCUGCCCCAGUCCCCUUGGGACUGAGGGCUGCCAAGGAGUGAGGUGUGGAUGAGACCCCCAGGGUCAGUAUGAGCUGUGCUGUGCGGCCCCCAUCAGAGGAGGAGGCUGGAUGCUGUGAGGAGCUAGAGAGUCCUAGUGGGAAGGAAGGCCACAUGCAGUGUCCCCAGCAGUGGCCUGGUGUCCAGGGGAGCCCCUGCACCAGCCACAGAGGGGGCAGAGUGGGAGUGGGUGCUGGUUGGGACCCUUGUGCUCCUGUCCUCUGACCACCAAUACUUCCGUAUGCCCUGUCCUGCACCGCUGUGGGUACAGCUGUGUGCCAGCCCCUCUGCUGGGGACCCCGACAUCCCGCUGCCAGCUCACAGUGGUUGGAGAUGAAAGCGUGGGAUGGGAGGCUGGUCCCGCCAGGAGGGAGAGUGGGCAUGGCAGCACGCACAGGACAUGGAGCAGGCAGGGUAGGGAUGCAUGCGUGAGCUCGGAGAGGGAUUUCCAUGUGAGCAGACAGAUCGUGCAGGAGAGGGGACAGCAGGAGCUCAGCCAUACAGGCAGGGCAGACGAAGGGAGAGCCCGGGAGGAGCAGCAGCAGGUAGGAGGUCUCUUCCAGGCUGGGCUGCCUCAGAAAGCAGGCAGGGCUGAGCCAUUUCCCCAGGCCACCCCUCCUGCCUGUCCCUGUUGCACACACGCAGCCCAGGCGGUGCCCCGUGAGGACCUGUUGGGACCAGCUGCGGGCUCGGGCUCCUGCCCGGCACUCUGCCCACAGGGGACGGUGGUGGGUGCCCCACAGGCUGACGGGGUGCUGCCGGAGCCAGGUGGGACCCUGCUAGUGUUCUGCCGCGCAGCAGGUGUACAUGUGUAAAUGAUCCUCAUCCUAACUCGGCGCUGCCUCCAAGACGCCUCUCUAGCCUCUCACUUUUGUUAUGGACCUUUACUGGGGAUUUAUAGCUAUAUUUUUUGUCCUUUCUUUUCCUACAACUGUCGUGUUACUAACUGUUAACUCAAUCUAUCUGGGAAACCAAUCUGUCAAUGUAAGUGCACUUAACCCUUGGGUGUUGUCAUUAGUUGACUGGCUUUUGCUAAAUAAAUCUUUCUAUUUCUCAAGG